GUUCUGUACUUGCGUGUAUAGCUGUGCUCGCUCCAAAUAUUGCAUCUUAGCAAGUGCCGAAAUACUCUCGAACACAAUCUAUCGCGAAAAAAACCAUGGUUCCAAAGAUGGAUUUUCAAAACGUGAACCCUUUAAACGUUCGCUUAAACAUGAUUUCGGGUAAUUUAUUACCCUUGACACCGGGUGAUUCGCAAUUUCCGAUAAUGCAGAAGCUAUACAGCGCUUUCACUUGGCUGAUCGAAGUGAUUCAAACAUCCGUAUUAAUUCCCGGGAUGAUCUUAGUCUCGCGAGAGAAAGCUCUGAACGACGGUCUGCUCACUUUGGUAGUCACGAUAGAAGUAUUCUUUAUGUUUACGCGAAUUUACGCGCGCAAAAAGCUGUUGAGUCAAUUGAUCCAGAAAUUCAAUGAUAUUCUGAGCGUUGCGGACGAGACAAUGCAAAAUAUCGUGACAACCACCCUGAAACCUAUGGAAGAUCCGCUCAGAUUUUACUGGUUGGCUGGCUGGCCGGCUGUCGGCGUGUGGUUUUGUAUACCGUUCCUAUUUAUUUUCGAGAGAAGUUCCUUUUUUUACGAGGAUUUUAAGAUGCCGGCAGUUUUCUCUAAGCAGCCAUUCUCGAUGAAUAUCUUCCUGAUGGGCAAUGUUAUUAUACUGUGCGGUGAAAUGUAUAUAUUUGUAAAGAAAGUCGGACUGGAUGUUUAUAUGAUACAUCUAAUAAUGCUGUUAACAGCGCAGUAUCGAUAUAUCGCUACGAGACUUGCGGUAAUAUUUCGAGAUGGAAAUCCGCAAAAUGAAUUUAAUAAAUCUUCUCGGAAACAUUCCCCCGAAAUAGAUCACUGGGAGGAAAGAGAGAUGAGAGCGGUAUGUCGACAUUACAAUGCCGUCAUUCAUUUAUCAUCUUUGUUAAAACAAUUGCUAUCUUUGAACCUUAGUAUGAUUUAUGUGAACAACGUGUUACGAUUUUGUUUUAUCGGUAUCAUGUUGAGCGCAAUACCGUCAAUGACUUUUGUGGAAAGUUUGUUGGUCAGUACGUUCUCGUUUGGCUCAGUAGUGCAAUUUUAUAUGUUGUGUUUUUGUGUCCAACAGUUAUACGAUGCGAGUACGAAAAUGACGAAUAAAGCAUUUCAAGAAAAGUGGUAUCAGUUUGGACCGUCUAUGAAACGUACAUUUAUGAUGAUGAUAUUGGGAAAUAACUUAGAAUGCAAGCUUUCGGCGUGCGAUAAAUUUAAUUUAUCUUUACCCGCAUUUAUGGCAAUAUUGAAUCAAUCGUAUUCGAUUUGCCUUCUGCUUUUGAGAGUAAAGUGAUCAACAAUGAAGAUUAUGCGUGAACAAUUU